AUGUCGAGCCUUGAGCAUCCUUCCUGCUGCAUGGUGGGGACUUCGAUGUGCGUUCACGUUUCUAGCAGAAUUGCUGAAGGGUGGACUGCGGUUGUCGUACGGGGGGCUGCGGUAGAUUGGAAUGUGGAUAGGCGGUUUAGAGUCACAGAGGUCGCGUUGGCCAUUGUGUGGUGUUCGGCAUCUGCAUAUUUAUCAUACUUCUUUACAGACUGUAUGAUGUCAAGAUGGCUUGUCAACUAUACGCCUCCAGCCGUCAUAAUCCGCCUUCUCACUAUAAACUGUCUAAUCGCAUACCUCACUACUUGGAUCCUCUAUCUUUCCGGUGCUUCUUCUGACCCUCGUCUUCUCCUCCCUGCCUGGAUAUCAAUAACUUCGAUUCUUACACUCCUGUACCACCUAACUCAACGCAAGAUCAACAUCAAGAAAGAAACCAAGGCUUCACUAUCGGUCUUCUCCAUUGCAAGCUUCAUAAGUAUGUCGUCGGUGUUGCUACAACUGCAUUUAUCUCGCGAAAAUGAGCCAGAGAUACCUCUUUUCGCCAUGAUACAGAAGGCCUGGAAUCGGUGGCACUUCCUUUCGUUACAUUCCGGUGUUGGCCUCGACCAUUUAGUUAUUUUCACCCUUUCGCUUCUUAUAUUUCUCUGUUUCUUUUCGUUUCUUUCCGGUGUUGGAUUCUUCUCCGAUAUUAUCCAUUUAACCAUCGAGAAUUAUCUUGAGACAAGUGUCACUUUUAUAUAUUCCUUAUCACCUCUUUCGUAUCUUAUGGUGAACACUUCUGGUUUUCUACGUCCACUCCGCUAG